AUGGCCAUGGAAGGCAGCAACAUCAACAGCAGCCACAACAACAGCGAAGAAUUUGCGGUGGGUUGCUUGCUCUCUAUCAAAACUACAUUAGGCGAAGAAUUUGAUGGACAAGUCAUCACCUUUGACCGCCCUUCCAACAUCCUCGGAUCGAAACAUGGGCCGAAGAGAAACAUAAGGUUUUUGAAAGCAAAUUAUAUAAAGGAGUUUUCUUUUCUGGGUCAAGCUGAGGACCCACUUGACAUCAAGAAGUGUUAUAUUGAUCUCCAUAGUCUUCAAGCCAAGGAGGAAUUGGCUUUAAGGCAAGCAGAAGCAGAUGCUGAGAGGAUUGGAGUGGGUGUUACUGCUGAGGCACAAAGCAUUUUUGAUGCCUUGUCUAAGACGCUUCCAGUUGUCUGGGACAAAACAUCCAUAGUUGUGAUGAAUGAAGUUCGUGUUAGUAGUCCAUACCUACCCGAAUGUGUCAGUGGAGGAACUCCUGCUGCUAAUGACAGGGUGAAGAAAGUGCUUGAGUUGGAGAGGAAGAGGUUGCAAGCUCGUGGUGCCAUGUUCUGGAGCAAAGCACAGGAGUUUAGUUUCGACCUGUCUCAGUCAGGUUGUUUAAUGGGAGAAGGUAGAAUGCAAUCCCUUGGGAGCACUGUUGUUAAACCUGACCAGGCUGGUUGGACUGAAACCCAGAACUAG